UGUAACAAGGGCUGGACAAAUAAACCGAACCCGAAAACCCGAACCGAAUCCGAUCCGAUAAAAAUGAAUCUGUUCUAACCCGAUCAAAUCAAAUAAAAUCUUUUGGGUACUUACUACUUGGGAUCAACAAUUGAUGUUAUAUCUAAUAUCAUCUAGUUGCUUCAUUUACCAUCAUAUAUGAUAAAUAUUGAUGUGUAGUGCCUUAAAACAGCUAACGGCUACCAUUGAUGUUAUAUGCGGGAUUCAGUGAUCAAAAGAGAGAAUUCAGGUGUCAAUGUAGUCGUGAUUUUGGAUGGAAGUCCAGUGACUGGAGACCUCAGGUGCGACCGCGUAAGGGUUUGUGUUGAUGGAAAUCGUAUCGUCGUCCAAGUCCCUACCGCUGGCUAGAAUUGUAUACGAACAUUAUGUGUAAUAUAGACUUAAGUAUGUAAUGUAGACAAUGUGUAGCUGGUUGGUAGGAUAAUAAUGUAGUUUGCAUCACCUGCUUAAAUAGUUUGGGUGUUUGUUUCACUCAGUAUUACUUAUGACUUAUGUCUCAGUUAUAUCUGUAAACCAAGUAAUUUCGGUGUUCGUUCACCAAAUAUUACUUACGUCCCAAAGUUAUAUCUAUAAAGCAAGUGAUCUGAUAUCCUAUGAAAAUCAAUAAUGUAAUAUUCUUCUAGUAUUAAGUCUUAGGGUGAGCAGAGGGUUAAUUAAAACGUUAAAUCAUCCUCAAGUCCUGCUGCGCUCAUCGAGAUGAAAGAACGAAAAAAUAUUGUGGAAGAUGAUUUUAGAGAAUAUAUUUAUAUGAAUGAUUUAUGAUUGAUUAAAAGAAAUGUUCAAAAUGUAUAAGCGUUUCUUCUGAGAAAAUUUACAAAAUUAUAAACUUUAGCUAUGUAAACAGAAUCCAUUCAGCAUUGGGAAUAUUCUCUUCACCUAAUUCUUUUUCUUUCAACAUUAUCUAUGCUUUUGAAAUUUUAACUUGUUGUCGAUGGAUAUGCUUAGAGAAAUUUUCAAAAUAAAAUUACUUGUAAGAACAUUAAUCAAGAUAAGCUAGCAUCAGGAACCGGUGACUGUCCAUCCAAUAUAAUAUAUGGUUCUACCAGUACUGAUAAAAUAUAUCGACAAUUUUUAAGAAAACGGUAUAACUUUCAAAGCUUAUAGGUUUAUAAAUGUCAAAGGACUGUAUUUCAAACCCGUUAGUCAAGGUUUUCGACUUUGAAUACACAAGCACUCACCUACUACACCGACACUGACAUUGACGUCUCUGAUUCUAUAAAUUGGACUCAGAUUCCUAAAGACGAGCAUAACAAAUACAUCACAGCACUACAAAGAUAAGAAAAGGGGUAGCAACAUGUCGUCCGAAUGUGAUGGGAAGAACUCAUGGCCAGAGCUUUUGGGAACAAAUGGAGACCAUGCGGCUUCCGUGAUAGAAAGAGAGAACUCGAGAGUCGAUGCAAUGGUGAUCUUGGAUGGAACUCCAGUGACUGGAGACUUCAGGUGCGACCGGGUCAGGGUUAGGGUUGAUAGAAACCGUAUCGUCGUCCAGGUCCCUACGACCGGCUAGACUUGUCUUGUUUACCGACCACGCUGUUAUUAUGUCUAUUUAGUAUCAGUAAAAUAAACUAUAUAUGUAAUUUCUCGUUUACAUGAAUAAUUUGGGUUUUCGUUACCCGAAAGGUUACCGUUGUUCAAAAUUAUAAAUAAAUCUCUGUAUAACGUAAUGGUUGAAAGUGAAUAAAAUUCAUGUCCUAUUUAGUACCUAUUUGUUUCAAAUUUUUAUUUUAUACCAUGUUGAUGAUGAAAUAUUCAUAUAGUUAAAAAUUUAUUUAUAUAUU